AUGCAGCUCAGUUCGAUCGCUUUAUUUAUUUUAACGGCCCAAUGUCUCGGACUCGUCCUAGGUAUGCCACACGUUAAAGAUAUACCAAAAAAUAAGGUAUCUCCAAGGCAGCAUCGUCUUGCGUAUGCAGGUCUGACAGGAAUGACUGUUAGUUGGAAUACUUAUCAGCACAUCCAAAAACCUACAGUUUUUUAUGGGAAAUCACCUAAAAGACUUAAUAAAAUUGCUACUAGCCAUGAGUCAGUCACUUAUCAAACCUCGCUCACUUAUAAUAAUCAUGUUAAAAUCGAAGGACUUCAGCCAGGAACAACCUACUAUUAUAGGGUUUUGCAUGACAAGUCAUCUGAGAUAUAUAGCUUUACUACGGCAAAGGAAGCCGGGUCAGAGGAUGAAUUUUCUUUUGGCCUUGUAAUUGAUAUGGGUACCAUGGGUAAUCUAGGGCUAAGUGAUACGACUGGUGAGGGAGCUGGAGGAGCACUUACUCCUGGGGAGCAAACCACCAUGCAGUCUUUAGCUCAAAACGUCAAUCACUUUGAUUUCUUGUUACAUCCAGGGGACCUCGCCUAUGCAGACUACUGGCUUAAAGAAGAAGUUCAGGAAUAUUUACCGCUUGAUAUAAGUAAAGGUUAUCAGGUGUACGAGCAGAUCCUCAAUGCUUUCUACGAUGAAAUCCAGCCUGUAACCAGCAAAAGACCCUAUAUGGUUGGCCCGGGAAACCAUGAAGCCGAUUGUGACAAUGGGGGCACCACAGAUAAAAUAAAUAAUGUCACGUACACAAAUUCUAUCUGUAUGCCAGGACAAACAAACUUUACCGGAUUCAAGAACCAUUUCCGUAUGCCUAGUGCAGAAUCAGGAGGAAGAGAUAACUUUUGGUAUUCUUUUGAUUAUGGCUUAGUUCAUUUCGUUCAAUAUAACACGGAGACGGAUUUUGGUAAUGGACUUAAGGGUCCCGAAGAUGGAGGUAUCAAUGGUCCUUUAGGGUCUUAUGAAAAUGAGCAAAUUGAUUGGUUAGAAAAAGAUCUUUCUUCAGUGAACAGGACAAAAACUCCCUGGGUUAUUGCUCUCGGACAUCGUCCUUGGUACGUAGCUGCUAAGAAGAGCGAUCGCUGCACAACUUGUCAAGAAGCGUUCGAAGACAUCUUGACAAAAAAUAAUGUCGACCUUGUUCUUGCAGGUCAUGUGCAUAACUAUGAAAGAUUGUCACCAGUUGCAAAUAACGAAGUAGAUCCAAAUGGCCUCAACAAUCCAUCUGCCCCAUGGUACAUUUUGAAUGGUAUUGCUGGCCACUAUGAUGGUCUUGACUCUCUUGUUUAUCCUCUUCCAGACUAUGUGGAGUAUUCUCAAGAUACGGCUUAUGGGUGGUCUAAGUUCACAGUUCACAACAGGACUCAUUUAACUCAUGAAUUCGUUGUUUCUUCUAACAAUACUGUUCUUGAUACAGCAACGCUUUACAAGAGUCAUUAA